GGUAUUAGAAUAUUGCAAAGCACUAAUUCGCCAUGUUAGAUCUGUUCACUCACAGGUUCAAAGUGCCCUACCGGACCCUGCAGAGGCCGCGUGUCACCCCCUGGAGCCUGGAGACUGGGUUUGCUACAAAGCCUUCCAGCGUAAGUCGUCUCUGGAGCCCAGGUGGAAAGGCCCGUACCAGGUUCUGCUAACUACGCUUAUGGCAGUGAAGUACCGGGGACUGCCUAAUUGGAUCCACGCGUCCCACUGCAAAAAGGUGACUCUGCCUCUAGAUCCGACCACGGCUCCCUUUGUUCCACGAACUCAAUCGUCAUCUGCAGUGUGUACGCCUGGAUCCCAGCCUAAGUACCACCUCAGGGGCCGGCAGGUUGUGUAAAGUCACAAUGAGUGACCCAAGAGCCAAGAUCAAAGAAACCACCAUGAUACGGAAAUGGUUGCUGCCUUCCCUAUGGCUAAUCACUGCCUUAAUGUUCUUUUUGUUCCUUUUAAAUCUAUAUGACUCUUUUAUACUCCCAGGAACUCUAUGCAAAACUGGUUCAGCACCUUCCUCACCGGCACCAAUACCAGAGACUGAGCCCAGACCAAGUCCUUCCCUGCGUGAUGUACAGACUGCCGCAGUCACGAAAAAGGAAAGAACCAGGAAGUCCCGAGAGAUCGGAACAAAAGGGCCAAAGAAACUCGUUGUCAAAGACAUAAAAAACUGGCCGUGGUAUAAAAGGCGUAAUAUCAUGUGGUGGCAAGGAGGGAGGUGUGGGAAGUAUCACUGUGGAAUUGAUUGGAGUUAUAUCCGUCCCCUUCCAGCCAUUUGCCCAGCACCUUAUGUACCCUCUGCAUGUUCUACCAUUCCGGAAUUGCUUAAAGUUUAUAUUACACACACCCCCAUACCCCCUAUGCCAACGCCUCCUGUUCCUGCACCAACCCCACAGCCCCCCACAAUUCACCCUCACCAAACUCCUGACCCCAUCCCCUUAUUACCAACUACCUCCACCAUGAUACAAUGGCCCAGACUAUCCCCUUCAAGUGACUCAUUCUUGAAUUGUUCAACUAAAUUGUUUUUCUGGAUGCAAGGUCACGUGUACAAACGUACAAUCAAAUGGAAUACAUUCGGAAGGGUCUUCCUUACUUAUACAGACAUAACUACGGCCGUCAAUUACACCGGCCCCCCUUAUACAACCAUGGAAAUCAUAGCCCAGUGGGCAACCACUGUUGAUCUUAUGCUAGUUCCUGGCCUGUGCCACACCCCUGAUGCCCAAGGACCAAAGUGCUUUCUGGUCACCCAAGUUACAAAAACCGAUAUUCUCACAAAAAAGGUAUGCCCUGCCCCACUCUCCUUUACUUGUGUAGAAACCAUUCCCAUAACCAUCGAAAAUAUAACAUCCACUCUAAUUCAAUAUACCCCCUCCUACUCAGUUAACAUCUCAAUGGCCAAACAGGGAAUCAUAGUACACGACCAAUAAUUGUGGUAUGAGUCUCCAGAAAAACCUAAACUCUCUGGAUUUAAAUGGACGGUGUUAAAUGCCACUCUAAGCACCAUUCGGUUUUCUCUCCCUCUGACCCAAUUUCAAAUUACGACCACAUAUCCAAAUUGUUCCAAAGGAGCUGCCAUUCGCCUAAUGCGGCAGCAGUCAUGGAUCCAAGAGGGUGAAAAGAGAAAAGAUCUAACUGAUACCCUAGUGCUAGGAACUAAUACUGUGACCUCGGCCUGGACUAUCUAUAAAACCCAGCUACAUGAAGACCGAUUAGGAAAAUUGGAACAGGCGGCAGGUUUCAUGUCUGGGGCUCAAAUAACUCAGCAUAAGGCAGCAAUAGGCGAGUUAAAUAGUAUCUCUACCUUGAGUGCCAUUACCCAGGAUCUGCUAAGGCAAAUGAUCCAACAUGCCGCUAUGGCGGGAAAGGCAUUGCAGUGGGACCAGGCAUGUUCAGAGAUACAGGAUUACCUAAACACCAUUCUCACCUCCAUUCAAAAGGACCUGGAACUGCAAAACUGGCCCACUGCCCUUACUAACACAUCAGGAGUCCCACCAAAUUUGUGGCCAUGGAGGCACACGUGGAAAUUCUCCGGAUGGAAGUGUUGGUGCUCACAAUGUUCCUUCCAGGCAUAUGGACCUGUGAAAGGAGUGUGGGCUCCUGCGUACCGUAUCCUCCCAGGCCCAUGGGGUGGCUGCUUGUGGGAUUGGGUAAUCCACCAUGAUGUAUGGGAAAUUAAACCUCCCGGUGGCCCCAACCGGUUUUUAGUCAGUGCCCCAGCCAUUACUCCUGACCUUUGGAUAGGCCUUGGUAACCUUUGGACCUAUUGGCCUUUACAACCUCCCCAGCUUCAGUGCAUUCGAAAAUUAAAUCCUGGAGAAGUAGUCACUAUUCACCACCGAGUGUGUUGGGAAGGUGUUGGACACCUACAAGAUUUGGCCUCCCACACCCUCUUUAUAGCCAACAACAGCUGUGUCUAUGUUAAUUCUUCUGUGUUGCACAGUGUGGCAUUUAACUUGCAUACCAACUCAGGUACCCAUGCUAUCUAUUGGCCUACAGACAAACCUUACCGGGUUUCCUUACAGUUCAGGGUCCCUUUUAAUUGGACAUCGGUAGUGCCUGAUCGUUUUCACACCCUCCUAGCCCUCUUGCCCGAAGUACAAUCUAUAUCGCAAUUGCAAACACAGAUCCAUUACCUUGAAACCAUAUAUCAAAAUAAGUUACAGGCAUUGCAAACCGCCCAUUUAGUAAAAAGUGAUGUUCCCUGUCAAGUUACCAAGGUAUUACGCCCUUCACAGCACCCUUGGUAUGUAUGGGCCCUUUUAGGAAUCGAAUUCUUCAUUUCCCUAUGUCUUUGUUGCUGGUGUUGCUGUUGUUAUUAUAUUAGAUGUUGUUGUUGUAAAAUACGUUCCAACUGCCUAAGUUCUAGCCCUACAUCAUAUACCCCACCACCUACAACCUUACACUCUAUGGUGAACCUUGAUGCAGCAAAAGCCACAAGCCGCUGUAGUCCUGGCAACGGGAGGGGGCUAGGCCGUCGUGCUACCGGAAGAGGACAAGGGCCCUCGUAUGGUGUCACUCUCGCGAUUUUUAUGGCGCUCCUUGUAAGAAGCGUGGCGGCUCCAGCGGAAAGCCCUCCCGCCAACGCUUGGGUGAUGUUGGCGCAAACAGCCAUUAAUACAACAUCUUUUUGCCUUCCCAAAGUGCAUGCUGUGGGGACGGUGAUGGAAACUUGCUUUAUUGGUGUCAGUGCUACCCUGGCUUCACUACAGCCACACACCACCCAGUAUACGAGUUCAAAGCACAUGACAUAUAAAGACCUAUACGUGUUGUGCACUGCGACAACUGUACGUGAUGCCAGCAUGUAUCCCUUUCGCCUGGCGAAUGUUACCCCAGCUGAUGCCUGUGUGUAUUUUAAAAAUGCCACACGUGCUAAAGUGGAUCUUACAAAUGGGGAAUUGAAGUGCCAGAAUAAGAUUGAGAUUACCUAUGCUAGGGGUCAUUGUAAAUUGCCUGCCGGAUAGUUUUUGUUGUGUGGGCGGGUUGCAUAACCGUAUAUUCCUGCCAAUAGUGACGGAGGACCAUGCACCAUUGGCCGAGUAACCCCCCUGAUGGUUCAACAUCCCCAGGCAAAUUAUACUCGCCACCGGCGAAGUACUAUUCCUUUAGAUUCUAGUUGUAAAGCCGAAGUAACCCUCUACUCGGGGGGAAGAGCGGCAGCUUUAUUGUUUUCUUUAGUGGGUAUUCCAGGCAUGGUAGCGCAUAAUUAUCAUGCUGUUGCCCACCUUGCCUGCACUGUAGCUAAAUCUCUUAAUUUAACUUCCACAAUUGUGGCUUUGCUUGCACAAGAAUUAGGUAAAGUACGUCAGGGUAUGUUACAAAAUCGCUUAGCUAUUGAUUAUUUGUUAUUGCGACAUGGACAUUCGUGCAAAGAUUUUGCUGGUAUGUGUUGCUUUAAUAUCACAGAUGCGGGAACUGAUAUAGCCAAGGAGUUGCAAGAAUUGCGCCAUUUAGCAGAAGGUAUUGGUCAGCAAGACGGGGAUUCUUGGCUGUGGUCUUGGCUCACAUCCCUUUGUGGUUGGGCCGCACACCUUGUUCAAGGCUUGUGCAUUGGUCUUAUUGGGAUCCUAAGUCUGUGUGCAGGAUGUGGUUUAUGCAGCUUGUGCUGUAUGUGUAGCCGCUUAAGUGGCAGUCGGUGCUGUGGUUUAACGCAUGCCAACUCCACCUGGUCCCAUAGCCCCCCGUUAAUGGAAAACUCCCCUACCGUUGACCAUCACCUGUUUUAUGCCACGUUAGAUGUAUCCUUCAAUGGGGGCACUUAUGAAAGUAUCCCAAAUUCGGAAAACCCACCCCCAGAAUACCAAUCAGAAGUCCAAGACCAGGAACAUUCGCAGUAAGAAGGUCGUUUGAUGUCUUGUAAGUUUAAGGCAUCAAAAAGUAGGGAAUGUCAGGGGAACCUGCCCCUCCCCUCUUAUAACAGAACUAAUUCAUAUAAAUCGAUCUUAGGCCUGCAAUACUAACACCAACAUAAUCACUGCGAAACUACCCUCCCAGAAGGCAGUUUUGUAGUACACAAACCAUGAUCAUACUGUUAGCUUACCCCUGCCCUACAGUAACAUAUUAAAAAGCCUGCGUUAGUAUAAUUCAAAGUAUCAGCAUAGCAACAGCUGGCCAGAAAUGGGAACUAAACACCGGACACUGAGUCCCAAGGGGCCUUACAAGGCAGGUCAGUUUAACCACAGGUAGAGUAACAGUUAGACC